AUGAGCGGGAAAAUUCGGAAGCAAAGCAUAGAUAAUAAGUCUGUAAUAGUUGUUCGACAUCAUCACCAUGUUAGACCACCUCAAGUAGAAGUUGAUAAUCUAGAUGAUGAUGAAAGAAUUCCACUUAAAAGCAGCCCGAUUCAUUCUCGAUCACAUGUAGUGCUUAUGGAUGGACGAAGUUACCAGCCGAGACAUAUACGAGAAAGAAGACAACGAAAUUCAGAUAAUGCAGACGAAAAUAAUAAACAGCCAUCAAGAUCAAAUUCAUCAAAUCUUUCAGAGUUAUCUGAAUCGAAAAGCAAAGAUAAUUUUUCACAUAAAGAAGUACCACCUGUUAAGCCGCCGCCAUCAAGUGGCUUGGUUGACACUAUAAAAUUAAAUAAUUUUUUGUUAUUUAAUACACCUACCGAAGCUCCUCCACUUAAAGUAGUGAACGGGCUUGAAAAAUCUACAAGGGAAAUAAAAUUUAAGGAAACUCCUACUAAAAAACAAGAAGAAGAGAAAAAUAAUACUAAAAAAGAAAAGGAACAAGAAUCCAAAAUUACAGCCGCCCCACAACUCCUCCUUGCACUUGAUGAUGACGGUGCCGUACAAGAGCAAGCUCCUCAACCAAAAAGAAGACAUCGCCAUCAUAGAAAGAGCAACUCAAGUGCAAAACAGCCAGAAAAGGAACAACAGCAACCAGUUAAGCACGAACAUCGUCACCGUCGCCGCCACGGUAGCGAAAAUAAAGAAACAGAGAAAAAAGUCGAUGAAUCUUCAAAAAAGGCAAAAGAAAGUGAACAGAAGCAAUUAAAUGGAGAUUCUAAAUCUGUGAGAAGAAGACAUCAUAUAGGAAGCCGCUCAAAAUCAACUCCAAAAUUCGAUUUAAAUCCACAGAACGUGGCCGAGAACCAACAACCGCCAAACGAUAAAGAAUCGAUUCCAAAUGAGAAAAGAAUGCAAAGAAAAGGUUCUUCGGAAAUUCCAAAAAUUAUUCCGAUUGAAAAGGCCGAAAACGAUUCAAAGUUAAGAUCAGAUGAUAAGCCAUCAUCCUCUAAAGAAUCGAAGCAAUCAUCAAGCAAAGAAGAGAAAAUUUCCAAAUCUGAAAAAUCUUCUAAAUCCGAAUCGAAAUCGAAGGAAGAAAAGUCAUCUAAGUCCGAUAUACAACCAAAGGUUUCCAAAGGAGACUCAGAAACCAAAAAAGUUGAUUUUGAAAAAAGAGAUUCUUCGUCAAGCCCUAAAAACAGCAAAUCUUCCGACUUUGAGUUCCAAAGUAAGGAUAAUUCUAAGCCUUCGAAACCCGAAACAGCAAAGAAAUCUGAUACCGAGAAAUUAUCAGAAAAAGUAACAGAAAGUACGUCAUCGGACUCAAAGGGAAAGAAAGUUGUACUUCCUUUACCUCCAGAAGAAGUCUCUGAACAAAAACUUUCCGAUAAUAACACAAGUAGUGUAAUGAUUGAGGUUCUCGAGCUCCCUAAGCCUCCGAAAUCAUUACUACCUGAACCCCCAAUUGAUAUUACACGUGAUGCUGCAAUGCCACUGGCUACUUUUAUGCCAGAAACGAUUGAUACUCCAGGACUUGCAAAAGAUGAGAAAGAACCAUCAAAACAGGAAGAUACAGACUGGCAAAAGCCAAUUUCUGGUUGGUUCUCCUUCCAAAUCGGUGCAAUUCCUGAACCAGAUGAUAAUGAACUGGAAGACAGCGCAAAUGCGAAAUUUGAUUUUAAUACUUUGAUUACUCAAGCAAAGUCUUUAUAA